AUGUGUAAUCUUUUGCAAGCAUAUAGCAAUGCAACAGCUAUGAAAGUUAUUGCACUGAAAGCUUUCGUUGUCUUGCAAGUCCUGUUGUUGCAAAAUCCGAGUGCAAAAUCAAAGAGCAGGGAUCACGUCCAUCACCUCCAGCGUCGGCUGAACUUGUGGAAGGAAGGAAGAUUUGAUGAGUUGUUUAGGGAAGGAAAAGCUAUACAGCAGCGCCUAGAGUCAUCAAAGGAACGCCCUUCAAAUCAACAGAUUGAACGAAUAUUCAGUCGCCUAAUGGUUCAAGGCAAGGUGAACGCUGCUCUUAGAUAUUUGUCAGACAAUACCAAUGGAGGAAUCUUGGCAAUGGAUGAAAUAGUGGAAGGGUCUAAUAGUCAAACUGCCAGGAAUGUUCUCAAAGAAAAGCACCCAGCCUCGUAA